UACUUUGCCUUUCGGAUGGUGUCCAUAACACCCUCAACGUGACACUCAUGAUUUACGGCAUGUGGAAGCCGCCGUAUUUACAAGGAUUACCGUUUAUUGCGCCGGGAUUUGAACUUGCCGUGGAUAGGGUUAACGAAGCGUACGCCGGGGUGCUUAAUUUCCGCAUGGACAUUGUUGCUUCCCAGUCAGUGCAGCAAUGUCCAGAUAUUUCCGCUAAUUAUUACCUGAUCGCGGAGCGCUAUUACAGGCUUCUCGAAAAUGGAACGCAAGCUGUGGCUGUGUUUUAUGCAGGCUGCGACGCAUUUACCACAGUUGCUGAUUUUGGUCGAGAGUGGGACCUUCUGGCAAUUAACGUGGGGCCGACAUUUUCCACCUUGCGAAAUCGGAUAGUUUAUCCGACAUCUAUUGCUCUUGGACCAUCACAAUAUGAAAUCUACGGAGUCAUGGUUGGACAAUUAAGCACAGCGUACAGCUGGAACAGCAUUGCCAUCGUAUACGAUAUUUCCGGUUUAACGGUCUGGCAUUUGCGUGUGUCACAAGAAAUCGGCCAGUUUAUGAGACAAAAUUACGACCACGUCGAUGUACAUGCGUUUCCUGUGGACACCAGAGACAGCAUUGAUUUCGAGCCAAUUAUUAAAGAUAUAUCCGUUCUGACUCGAGUGGUUUUCUUGGCGAUGCCGGUCAAUACAACGGAACAAUUCUUGCUGACUUUUGCGUCUUCCGGCGAAACUAGAGAAGAAUAUGUCCACAUUUACCUGGAUUUUCUGGGAAGUUUUCGUAGCCCCUUGGAACGUGUUUUCCCAGACAACGAUACACUUACAGUGACAACUCUCUGGCAAUCGUUGUUUGUUAUGGCCAUAUGUUUCGAACACGAUAAUACGAAGAUUGCCGAACUGAGAAAAGAGAUGAAAGCGUUGGCUAUUGGAAAAUAUAACGCCACAUUCCGCAAUCCAGGCGCCGGGUUUCAGACAAACGAAUUCGUGACGACAGCCUACAGUGCCGUUCUUCUAUAUGCUGAAGUUUUAAGUGAGACAGUCAAUGCAGGAAAUGAACCGCGUGACGGAACACAUUUAGCGGGUGCCAUGCUAAACCGCACCUUUGCACUGCCGAUUGUGGGCAGCGUGUACAUUGACCAAAACGGUGAACGACAAAACGUUAUCUGCUUGUACACUUUCUAUACGGAACAACGGCGAUUUGUGAGAGCACGAUAUUUCGACAGUGCGACCUAUACAUUGCGCACCGUUCCUAAUAUCACAAUGAACUGGGGAACAUCAAACAACCGCCCGCCGCUUAGCGAACCUGUAUGCGGAUUUAGAAGAGAUAAAGGACCUUGUGCAAAAUUAGCUCCUUCAGUGAUUGGUGGAAUAGUGUCCGGAGUAGUUCUGGUUGUCAUCGCACUGCUGUUCAUAGUGCCGACGUUUAUAGGCCAGAGAAAGCACACUGUUGACGAUGAUUGGUGGGUUGUGGAUUUGCGUUACCUCAGCCAUGCGGUGAUUUCCGGCAGCAGUAGUAAGGUUUCGGAGCAUAGCCAUCCCUGCUCCUUUAAGUCCAACUUGAUCAACGCAACGAUGUCAUACCGAGGACGGACGGUGUGGGUGAAAGUUGUGAAGUUUACGCAGGACAAUGCUCGUCUGCCCUCGCAUCAAGAAACUAUCAGACCCACACGAGAAUUUCGAGCUCUACUUAACGAGAUUCGAUCCUUGACAGACCGAUGCUGCAACGUUAACCCGCUAAUCGGCAUUGGUCUUGGGCCCGUUCGCCUAUUGUACUUGACUGCUCUGUGCCCCAAAGGAAAUCUGAGCAACUUAAUGGAAGACAUCCAUCUGGACUGGAGCCUAAAAUGCUCAUUAAUCGCUGACCUUAUCGAAGGUGUAUCCGCAAUUCACCGCACUGCUAUUCGUCGUCACGGCAAUCUGCGACCUUCCAAAUGCCUGAUCGAUAGCCGGCUGGUGUUAAAAAUUAACGAAGUGGGACUAUAUGAUACAGUCCACGAAUUACAAGUGAAAGUGGUAAAUUCGAAAGAACUAAAAACCGUUGGACAAUCGUUACAAAACGCGUGGGUUGCUCCGGAGUUGCGAACCAAUCUAAUGGAGAAUUUGGCAUUUUCUCGAGCUGCAUGGCAAACCCAACCAUCCGCUGACAUUUACGCUGUAGGAUGCUUGAUUCGUUAUAUUUUGCAAGACCCCGCUGACCAAACAGACGACCUUGCUGACUUUGACUUAGCGGCUUUAGCCAAUCAGCAUGACAUUCCUCGGAACGCCGUGCCAAUCUUAUCCAAUCUCUUACACCAGUGCCACAGUGCAGAACCCAUGGAUAGACCGAAUAUUUGGCAGGUCAAACUGGAAAUCGGUAGGAUAGUCGCAAAUCAAGGAAAGCUUUUGGAUCAGCUGCUCAGACGCCUGGAAGAAUACGCGCUGCAGCUGGAAAAUGCGGUGUCCCUCCGAACACACACGCUUAAGCAGGAAAUGGAGAAAUGUGAUUCUCUUUUGGGAGAAAUGCUUCCUAGGUAUGUUCUCGUGCAACUUCGAACUGGGAAUCUGGUACAGCCGCAAAUCUUCCCUUCGGUCACCAUUUUAAUGACCCAUGUUGCCGGUUUCGACGAGUUCGUCAGCAAAUGCGAGUCAGAUCCGUUGGAGAUCGUUAUUUUUCUCAACUCCAUGUUCACGAUUUUCGAUCGCGUUCUAGCGAAAUUCGAUUGCUAUAAGGUGGAAACCAUUACAGACUGCUGCUUGGUCGCCAGUGGAUUACCGGUGGAGAAUAAUGGAGAACACGUGCAUAUUAUAGCUGACGUAGCCUUGGAGAUGAGAGAACUCUUCGAGCAAAGCUUCUUAUGGGAGCGUCUCAGACUAAAAGCAGGAAUACACAGCGGGUCAUGCGCCGCCGGCGUUGUGGGUACGGCCAGGCCACGCUAUUGCGUGUUUGGUGAUUCAGUCAACGUCACAUCCAGACUGGCGUCCUCCAGUCAGUCUGGCAAGAUUCAGAUUAGCUAUUCCACGGAAGCUCUACUGAGAACUGAUAAGCUCUUCAAAGUGGACGAACGCGGUCUUACAUACCUCAAAGGUAUUGGAACUGUGAUGACUUUUUGGCUCGACGGGUAAAGAAAGCUGUUUUUCCGCACCUUGAUUUGGUUUCCACUUGAAUGGUUUUGCUCCUACUGUUGAAAACUUAUGUACUACGUAAUGUACAGAAUUUGUAAAAAACUCAAUUUUGCUAUGGCUCCGCGGCGAGUCCGUGGAGCGUCUAUCGAGCUUUGUCAAACAAAACCGUGACCCUUCCUUGUCGCAA